AUGUCUCUGAAGCGCAAGCGAGACAUGAGCCAGAUCUUUCGGUCUGGGGCCCUUACAUUCAUGAUCGGCAAAGAUCGGAUCAGACAUACAGGCCACGAAGUUGUCUUCCUUGGCUUAUCCCCAUCUUUCGACAACUUGAUCAGACAGGGAACCGUUGUUCGAGUUGUCCGAUUCAACCGCGUCGUCAACAGAAAAAUCUCAUCUCUCGUGACCUGGCCUGACAUUGAGCCAGCUACUUUUGUCAACUUGACGGAGUAUGCCUAUUCCCGCGACUACACGGCGCCUGCCCUGUCGCAGUCCAAUCAGAACGUCACUUCCAACGCGGUUGAGGGAAAGCAUGGUAGUAAUGAUAUGCCUGGUCCCGGGAGCGAUGCCGGCACCAUAUACGCAGCCGGGAUUGCGAGAACCUCGACAGCGGAGAACAGUUCCCAAGUCGAAUUGCAGCGCCGCAAACCAAGUGAUGGACAGAACACGCAGCAGGCUGAGAUUCCGUCAUUAUAUAUGUGGAUGAGGAGUGUUUCGCGAGAUUCACAGUCUCAGCAGCCUACGAAUGACGUCAAGCAACAACAUCGGACCGGCUAUAAGGAAGUAUUCCUCGCACACGCCAAGCUUUAUCUGGUUGCAAACAAGUUCUCCAUUACUGAACUCAAGAGACUUUGCCUGCACAAACUUCGCCAAAGCCUGCUACAUGCUCCCCGCACCGACGAGAUGCUGCGGGCCACAACCGACACUAUCCGGCACGUUUACUUGAAUGUCCAAUCUCGAGACGACGAUCUCAGAAAAUUGCUUGUGCAUUUCUGCCUGACCGACACGCAGUGGAUGAUGAGAAACAACAACCUGGACCCAGUGCUGGAGAGUGUUCCAGGCUUCGCCAUUGAUCUAUUCCGCGAGAUCUCCCAUGCUUACUGGACAUAG